AUGUCUACAUCCGGAGCUCCAUAUGGCUCCGUGCCAGGUCCCUCGGAUUCACACAUGGGCAGAGGCUACGGCACGCAUCCAGGCACAGGCAUAUCCGACUUCGCGCAAGGCAACCCGUCCGCUGCGAACGCAUCGCCUUUGUCGCAACAGAGACAGUAUCCGUACCCGGCAGGCUCCUACAGCGAAGACUACAACGGAAGCCAGAUAGACAAUUCCGCCCUACAAGAUGGCAAUGUGGGAGUUAAUCGAUCGGCUUCGACUGCGACUACGGCUGUACCGGCUGCGGCGCCGUCACGGAGCAAUACGUUGAGGAAGAAGUCUAGUAUGAAGCGUGUGGGCAGUCUGAAGCGGAGUGCGAGCAGGAAGAGCAUGACGGCUGGCAGCAUCAAGAGUACCUCACGAGGCAUGGGCUCGGACGAGGACUUCAACAGCAUAUUCCAUACACCAGUGCCUACUCAAGGCUCGCCGACUGAAGUGCUAGCCAAUCGCUUCCAAGCAUGGCGACAGCUGCUCAAGUCACUCAUCGCAUACUUUCGCGAGAUCCAGGACUCAUACGACUCGCGAGCUAAGGCUGUCAAGAAGGUGCAGAGCACUAUCUCCAGCAUCGUCAACCCAUCGGUGUUCAUGAGCGAGCAUGGUCUCGGUGAAGCUACGCGCAUGCUGGACGACUACCACAAACGAUCGAUUGCCGAAGCAAACAAAUCUCGUGAAAUUGAGAAUGAUGUUAUCGGAGCGCUGACAGGCUUGCGAAGCGACUUGGGACAGAAGAUUAAGGAGAUCAAGAGCCUGAGUGGUGACUUCAAGAAUAGCGUGGAUAAGGAGAAGGAGGUUACGCGACGUGAAGUGGAGAAACUGCAGGAGGCUUUGCAGCAUGCAGAUCAUGAGGAUGGAAAUGCGACGGGCAAGAAUGAUCCUUUCGUUGUCAAGCUUGGCGUGGACAGAAUGGUUGAGCGACAGAUCGAUGAGGAGAACUAUCUUCACAGGGCCUACCUCAAUCUUGAAAGCUCUGGUCGCGAACUCGAGUCGAUUGUGGUUGGAGAGAUUCAGAAAGCAUACAAUGCAUUGGCCGGCAUCUUGAAGCGUGAAGCCGACGACGCCCACCACGUAGUAGAAGGCCUCCGGAGCGGGCCCAUCGCAAUGCCAAAGGACCAGGAUUGGAUGCACUUCGUUGUAAACGACCCUCACUUUGUGCACCCAGAGCUGCCUCUCCGCAGGAUCGAGGACAUACAAUAUCCAGGAAAGCAUCACCCAGCAGCGACCGAAGUGCGCGCCGGCAUGCUCGAGCGCAAGAGCAAAUACCUUAAGUCUUACACACCAGGCUGGUAUGUGCUCUCGCCCACUCAUCUCCACGAAUUCAAGUCUGCCGACAAGAUCUACACCCAACCUCCAGUCAUGUCCCUCUACCUACUUGACCAAAGACUCGGCUCGAAGUCUGAGGUCGGCUCUUCAAGCAACAAAUUCAUGCUCAAAGGCAAGCAAAGCGGAGGCGUGCACAAAGGCCACAACUGGGUCUUCCGCGCCGAGACACAUGACACGAUGAUGGCGUGGUACGAAGACAUUCGUGUUUUGACCGAAUCUACUGGCGAAGCACGUACCGCUUUUGUCCGCAAGCAUGCCAGGAGCAUCAGUGGGACGAGUGAUGGCGCCACCGUCAGCGACGAGGGCUUCGAAGACGACGAGGCAGACGCAGCGCCGUAUCGUGCCGAUGUCGCUAGUCUGGCUGAAGUCCACCCGCAGGAGAGUCGACCGCAGCGUCCGGCACCAGGAGGACGAUUCCCUUCUAAUACUAACGUACCACGCACUCGUGCUCUUACGCCAUCUAGCGGUAGCGAAGAAACAGAUCGAGAUUUCCUCGCAGUGGGUGGUGGUAAGGGUCUGCUGGCUGGCUCCGCCGCCGAAGCGUACGACCGUACUGGUCAGAACCCAUACAAGCUGGAUGGUGUGUCUGCCGGCAAUCGCACGAUACCCGACUACCAGCCAGGUCCGGCCACCGUGGAAGGGCGGCAAUACUACGACGAUGAUGAGCCAGUAUAUCCCUCUCAAGCUGCCGAGACCUCCCGCGCGCCAAUGCAGACGCAGACGUACAGUCUUCCCGUGCAGCCCAACCAGCCUGUGAAUCAGCAACAGCCAGCUGCGAUCACGACCUUACCAUCGACUACUUACGAUCCCACUUCGCAGCCUGCUGAUGUUCCUAACCAGCAACCGCAACCAGCCACGUUUAGUCCAGCACAGCAACGUCCUUUUUUAGGUAAUACUCCCGAUCGCUAUAACAGCAUGUACGGCGAUUGGAUGGCACCCACGGCAGCAGGCGUGGCAGGCGUCGGCGCAGGAGUCGCUGGCGGAGAGUACCUUCGUAAUCAACGUCAGACGAAUGCAGCUCGCGAGCAGGAACAGGCAUUUAAACCUACAACUGUGCAGGAGGAGACGAGACGUCCCAUGGUAAACGACAUGGGUGUGAUGGCAGGGGGCAUCCCAAAUCGGCCGGGCUCCAAUGAUAAUUUGACUGCCCUGACUGCUCCGUCCACCACUUCUGCGGAGACCUCAACGCCUUUGCAGCAGUCUCAAGUUGUCCCACCGGUGCCGAGUGUGUCUGCUCCAGUCAUCACUUCUCUGGCGGCAGCUCCAGUCAUUGCGCCCACACCGCUGCGCCAGUCCGAGGUAUCAGAGCCUGUAGCCAACCUGCCAGCACCUGGCACGAGUUCAGAAGGACUAGAAGGGCGUACAGGUCUGGAUGGUGGUGAAAUUGCAGGAUCCGGGCUUGGAGGAUUGGAGGCCAAGGGUGCCCAUGAGACGGGAAGAUUCGCCCCGAUUGUGAGGCAUGAUACGGAUAUGAGUAUCAGUGCUUUGCAUGUACCUGGGGAGUACCCUAAGAAAGGCUAG